UCCGCCUAGAUCCAUGUGCGCCUGGCUCCGCUGCGUCCGCUCGAUCGCUUUUCCUCUGCUCUCUCCUCUCCCUUUUUACCACUACAACUAAAAAAUCACCACGAAACUCUGCACGAUGAAGGAGAAAAGCUGGCCCAAGAUCUUUCUCAUCAUCCUGUGCGCUGUAGUUUACGUGUUUGUUAUUCUCGUCAACGCGUUGGCUGGUGUUGGCAAGGUUUUCUUCCACCAUUCGACGGGGAACAUCUCCGGGCGCUAUGAGACGGAAAUCACUCCCGCCGGGUGGACCUUCUCCAUCUGGGGCGUCAUCUACACGUGGCUCACCCUCAUCGUGCUCUACAACACAGCCUACAUCUUCAGAGGCUCGUGGGCCCAGCUCCUCCUCCCCUACUCCUUCUAUUUCUGCUGGUUCAUCAACAUGCUGCUCAACAUGAUCUGGCUGGUGCUGUGGGACAGAGAGGUGAUGUUGGCUGGUCUGGUGGUCCUCAUCUUCAUCGCUCUGACAAACUACUGCAUUCUCUUCUUCUGCUGUUGGGCCACAGAUUACUACGGCCUGUGGCUCAAGACGUACUACCCCAGAGACCUCCGCUGCCUGCGCUGGAUGGUUCAGAACGGCUUUGCGGUGUACACCACAUGGACCUCCAUCGCGUCACUCCUAAACUUUGCCAUUGUCCUGCAGCUGUGGGGCGUGGCCAAGAGCACCGCCGCCACCGCCUCCCUCUGCAUCCUCUUCGCUGAAGUCGUCACCUGGUUCAUUCUGGAGAACUGGGUGCUGGACCGCUGGGUGCGUUACAUCGUCAUGGUGUACCCUGUGGUGAUCGUGGCUCUGGUGGGAAACAUCACCAAACACUACCACGCUCCUGACCCCACGCCCAACUCCAUCUUCAUGGUUGCUCUCUUGGUGGUGGCGUGCGUGCUGUUCGUCUUCAGAGUGUGUAACGUGAUCUGGAGGAACAAGUGGCGCCCCCUGCUGUCCCCCGGCUCUGCCCGCGUCAUGGUGUCUCCACUGGACGUCGGCAGCAACUUCAGAAUGAUGCGCUAAUCAUGGCAUUACCACUAGGGUUGCACUAUAUUUGAUACUCCAAGAUUUCUUACGGUUAAUGCAGUACUCCCAGUAAGUUAUUUUCGAAGGCAUCUGAUUACCACGUCGGCAAAACUCCGCUCUGGUCUCACAAAGUUUUGAAAAAAGCUCUUAUAAACUUAUUACAGUGAAUAAUUAGGAUGAUUAAAAUGCAUAAGGCAAGUGAGGAGUAACUUUGGACCACUGCAACCUGUUUAAAAUUAAGUACUUCAUGUUUUUUAAGACAGAAAAAAUCAGGUACAGUGCCUUUAUCUAAAAUAUAGGUUUUCAUUUCUAUUCAGUGACUAAAUAUUUUAGAAUUUUACACAUUCACAACACAUUUUUACACAUCAUUUUAGUCAGUCUCUUGAAGUUGGAUUACCUAAAGCCAAUUGCAUUAUUUUUUUUUUAUUAUAUAGAUGUGACAGAUAUGACACUAAACAAAAAUUGCAAUAUAGAUUUUUGUUACACUCGUACUUUUUCAGAAAGUUUCUUAUUUGUUUUUUUUACAUUCCAAUCCGUUUUAUAAUUAAAUCCCCUUUUGUUACACUACAGUUUUCACAUUUUUAUACACAAUACAUACAUACAGUCUGUUACUUUUCCUCAUUUAGUGCACAAAUACUGCUUGUACUUUGAACAUAGAAGAGUUGAAGGAAUCAUUUUGUAUUUUAGAAUAGGAAUAUAGUUUGUUUUCGUGCCUUGUAACUCAUACGGAAAACAGCAUUGCACAAAAUUGAGUUGAAGGAGCUAUAUACACGCGUCUUUAUAUAGCUUACAGCACCUGUUUACAGCGAAAUAUUUUUUUGUUUACUAUUGAAGGAUAUUUUAUUUUGUGUUUUACUAAAAGCAUUUUACUAUACAGUUAUAUCAUGAGGAAAUUAUGCUUCUCAUUGCUAGGAAUAAAUGUAAAAAUAGUACAAAUGGAAGUAUAUGUGCUAAUGUUGCUUAUGGACACGACAAAUAUACGUCCUUUUGUUUUGAGAUUCUUUUGUGGAUUCACUUUGUGCUUAUAAAUAAUAAAAAUACAUGUGGAAAUCAG